GGCAACUCUAUUCGGAACAGUUUGACAACAAAGAGGCCAACGUCCGUUGAUCUGGUUAAUUCUCAUAGAAGUUUAGCCAAUUAUUCUCAAAUAUAUGAAGAUUUAUGUUGUUAAGAUUGACACUUGAGAAGCUUGUGGACUGUGGGCGGCUGUUGAUCACUGCGGCCUGUGGAUCACGGUGGCCUGUAGAGCAUGGUGGCUUGUAGACUACGGUGACCUGUAGACAAAGGCAGAACUUCAGCCAUUGUUGGGGAGACAAGACAUGUUGAGAGUUCAGAAGUAUUCAAGUCUGUUAAUAUCUGUCCUGGCCUGUACUGUACUUGCAUAUUAGUACCAAGACAGGUCCUUAGGUCAGAAGGAAACUUACACUUGCUGUGCCAAGACCCAGUGGCAUUAAAGCUCAUGUGCCAGAAAUACUGUAUACAUGGUGUCAGAAGUACUACAUAUACAAGGGUAAGACUUUGAUCGAGCCCUUUUCAACAUCCUGAUUAUUACAUACAUUUUCUCAACAUCCUGUGAAUGAAUGUUUACUUGGCCCCUUCAAAUAAUGUGUUGCCUUGUCACUCUGCAGCAAGCACACUUUCAUCUUAUGGGAAAUAAAAUAUUACAUAUCGCUUUCGUCUGAAUCACUGUACAUGCGGUGUAUGGUACAUAAUGUACACUGUACAUCCAAUGGUGACAAUGGAAAUAUAUUUUUAUAUACAAAUGUAUUUGUAAAGGUAAAUGUGGUCUACGGUAUCAUUGAUUUUAUAAUCUCAUUAUAUAUUAAUUAUAUAUUGUGUCUUAGUGUAAUUGAUGUUUUUAAUAUUUAAUAGUUUUAUUUUCCGAGAAAACUAUUAAGGUUAUGUAAAUUAAAUAUUUUAACAAGAUUAAUUUUUUUUUUUGUGUGUUUCUGUACUAAAAUUUAAUAUAAAUAUUUUCCAUUUUAAAACUAAACACACUUUUCUACUGUAUGAUCUAUUUUAAGUGUUGGCAGGGCAUUCUUAAACAAAAAAUCUUUUCACAGUACCCAGUACGUAGUGUAUAGUAAAUAUUGAUUCUUAUCUUGGACACGUAAUUUACUCUUAAAUUUCUUAGAACUGCUUACCUGUUGAGUACCUGCUUAAUAUUAAGUGGAUCACUGUUCCCAGGUUACUGGUCUGAUCUUUAGUAAUGGUAGUCUUUAGUAAUGUCUUUUCUUUCAAUAGUCUGGUUUGGCUGCGUUUUGUAUGUGGCCUCUUUGAUGUUUUAAAUUUUUUCCAUAGUACACUAAUUGGAACUUAUCCUCAUUAAACAUCACAUUAUUUUCUGUGGCCCAUUGGAAGAUUUUAUUAACAUUGGAUUGGAGGUUUGCUGUAUAUCUAUAUUGUCAACUCGAAUAAAAAUUCUAGUGUCAUCUGCAAAGGAUGAUAAAGUACCAUAGAUUGUAUCCUUGUCUAUAUCUGAUAUAAGGAUAAGGAAAAAUAUUGGAGCAAUCACAGUAUACCGAGGGACUGAGCUUUUUGUGAUGGAUGAUUCAGGUUUUCCUUUGUUGACUAUUACACUCUGGGUUCUGGUUGUUAGGAAGUUAAAGAUUCGUCUCUUACUUUGCCUGUAAUUCCUUUGGUGCACAUUUUGUGUGUAUUAACACAAUGGUCACAUUUCCAAAAGCUUUGUUGAAAUCUGUGUACAUUACAUAAGCGUUUGUUUCUUCCAUGGCAUCUAAUGCCAUGUCAUAGUGGUCUAGUAAUUGUGAGAGGCAGGAACACCCUGUUCUGAACCCGUGUGGCCUACAGUUAUGCAGAUGCUGUGAUUCCAUGUAUUUUGUGAUCUUCUUAGCAUUCUUACAAAGAUUUCUAUGAUGUGCAUGUUAAAGCUAUUAGUCUAUUAAUUUUUGCAUCAACUUUACUUACUCAUUUGUGAGGGCUAUCCAAAUAAGAUAUCAGUGUUUUUAAUGAUCAGAAUGUGUUUUCUUACGUGUAGGAAUAGUGGAUUAAUAAAUAACAAUGUACAUUGUACUUUCGAUACAUAUAUUCUUGUAAAAAUCACAUACACAUUUACACUUAAGGGUUCAUUGAAUAUAACCCUUGUGCUGUGGCUGUAUUUAUAAUAAGACAUACUUCAUUGCAAUAAAAUGUGUGCAUUUCUUCAGAAGCGAUGCAAAAGACACAUGGUAAGAUCAUGAAAAGUUAAAAGAAAAUUAACUUGCCACAGGAUUUGUUUGGAAUGUUUACAGAGCUAUGCAUACACUAAUUUUAUGCUGUUAGCCUCAUGUGGAAGAGUGCAUUUUUAUGUAAGCUUUUUCACUCGCUAAUUCACAGGAAAUAUUGUACAGAACAUUUUUGGGUUAGAAUAUUUUAUUAUAUAAUACGCACAAUAUUUUCUCAGUAUUUAUGCAUCAGUAACACCAGUGGCUUUUGUAUUGUCUAAUUUUCCAUUCUCUUUUAUGUUUUGACAAAGAAUUUGUUUGCUUUAAAUUCCUGCCAAAGAGAAUGGGAUAUUUCCAGAAGCUUAUUUAAUCUUCAUUACCAUCUAUUGACAGCAUAGGUGACACUUUAUAAUUUGUUUGCUCUGUGUUGCCUGUCAGGGUUGUAGCACAAGUUUUGUGUCCCACUAUCCAAAUGUUUAGCAUCUUUAACAACAUUUGCUUUACUAAUCUAUGAAAUUCAUGCAGAUAAAAAAUCACAUCAUCAUUACUGUACACAUCACAAAUAUGUUGUUUAAACUUUCCAAUAAUACUUAUAAAGCAAACAAGUAUUUAUUCAGGAGAUAAAUAAUAAUAAGUAUUUGCAUCAAAGAACUUUUCAGAUCUUAGCAUUCAAGUAAAUUGUACAAAAGUAUCUUCAGAUGAAAAACAUCAGUAUUGAGUGUUCAGAAAUACUAUCAAAAAUACCUCAUAUAACAGCAUACAGUACAAGUAUUUAUAAAUAACAAAAUCAGUAUUAAAGAUUCAUUGUCUAAAACUACUUUCAGAAAUAUCAAAAGUUAAAUAUGAGCACUUAUUCCUAAGAGAAGCCAUAUCACUGCUCGGUGUGUCUAAAACACUUUUCACGUAAAUCAGAUCAAAUAAAACACAUGAGGAUUCAUACAGGUGAGAAACCAUAUCAUUGUUCAGAGUGUCUAAAAGACUUUUCAUAUAAAUCACAGCUAAUCUAUCACAUGAUGAGUCAUACAGGGGAGACACCAUUUAAGUGUUCAUUUUGUCUAAAAUACUUUUCAUAUAAAUCUCAACUAACAGUUCACAUGAGGAGUCAUACAGGAGAGAAACCAUAUCAAUGUUCAGUGUGUCUAAAAUACUUUUCACGUAGAUCUGUUUUAACAGUUCACAUGAGGAUUCAUACAGGAGAGAAACCAUAUCAUUGUUCAGUGUGUCUAAAAGACUUUAAACAGAAGUCACUUCUAACAGUUCACAUGAGGAGUCAUACAGGAGAGAAACCAUAUCAUUGUUCAGUGUGUCUAAAAGACUUUUCAUGGAAGUCACAUCUAGUCUAUCACAUGAGGAGUCAUACAGGAGAGAAACCAUAUCAGUGUUCAGAGUGUCUAAAAGACUUUUCACAAAAAUCAGAUCUAAUAGUUCACUUGAGGAUUCAUACAGGUGAAAAACCGUAUCAUUGUUCAGUGUGUCUAAAAGACUUUAAACAGAAGUCACUUCUAACAGUUCACAUGACAAGUCAUACAGGGGAGAAACCAUAUAAUUGUUCAGUUUGUGUAAAAGACUUUACAAAUAAAUCAUCUCUAGUAGCUCAUAUGAGAAUUCAUACAGGGGAGAAACCAUUUAAGUGUUCAGUUUGUCUAAAAGACUUUUCACGAAAAUCAGAUCUAAUAGUUCACUUGAGGAUUCAUACAGGUGAGAAACCAUAUCAUUGUUCAGUGUGUCUAAAAGACUUUUCACGUAGGACUCGUCUAACAGUUCACAUGAGGAUUCAUACAGGAGAGAAACCAUAUCAUUGUUCAGUAUGUCUAAAAGUAUUUUCACAGAGACCAUGUAUAAUAAAACACAUGAAGAUUCAUACAAGAGAGAAUAUUCAUACAUCAUAGUAAAGGAAAUAUCAUCUGGCAUGGACUCAGAAGAAGAAGAUAUGAAAAGCUUUAAUGUGGAAAGCUCCUUCGGCUCCCCAGAGCUAUACCGGGUUGAAGUGCAUAUAUUAGACUGUGGCAACAGUCAAUCGAUGGAGUUCUAGGCCUGCCAGGGACCUGGACCUAGAUUCAGGAAGCUCUGUGUAUUUCUU